CGACCUGAUCUCAAACUGGUUCUCAUGAGUGCCACCUUGAAUGCGGAACAGUUUUCCGAGUACUUCAACAACAGUCCGAUGAUUCACAUACCAGGCUUUACCUUCCCUGUCACAGAAUAUUACUUAGAAGAUGUCGUUGAAACCACAAGAUUUGAAUUUGAAAAUGACCGGGAACUUCCUCCAUGGAAAAGGCGGGCAAUGAAGAAGGAUCGUCAGUUUGAAGAAAUGAUUGCCCCGUAUGUAAGACAGCUUGAAAGCAGUGGAGAUUAUUCAUGCCACACAUUGGAUCAGCUGUACAAAGCGUCGUCCGAGACCUUGAGCCUAGAUCUCAUUCUCGAGUUGCUGCACCACAUCGCUCGGCAGAAACCAGGGGCUGUUCUCGUGUUCUUACCUGGAUGGAAUGAGAUCUCCAAACUCAACACCAUGAUACAAAACGACGGGAUGAUGGGUGGCCGAAACACACUUGUGAUUCCAUUGCACUCCAUGAUGCCCACAGUCAACCAGAGAGAAGUUUUCGAUAGGCCUCCACAAGGUGUGCGCAAGAUAGUGUUAGCAACCAACAUCGCAGAAACGAGCAUAACUAUAGACGACAUAGUCUACGUGAUAGAUAGUGGCUGGAUCAAGAUGAAGAAUUAUGAUAGAGAGGGUAACGUGCAAACUCUCAUGCCGGAAUGGGUAACUCACGCAAAUGCCAAACAGCGCAGAGGGCGAGCCGGAAGGGUUCAAGAAGGCAUCUGUUAUCACCUAUUCACACGCGUCAGAGAGAAACUCAUGGACGAGUACCCACUGCCAGAGAUUUUACGCACCGCGCUCGAGGAAAUCAUACUGCAUGUCAAGAUCCUUCGGCUGGGCUCGGUCAAACUCCUGUCAAAAAUUAUGAUGCCACCAGAUGAGUCUGUUGUGGACUCGUCAUUAAAGAUGUUGGAAACUAUCAAUGCUCUCGACGAGAGUGAAAACCUCACUCCGUUGGGUUUCCACUUGGCACGACUGCCAAUUGAUCCUCUCACUGGCCGUAUGCUUCUCAUGGCUGCGAUAUUUUCUUGUGUUGGGCCCAUUUUGACAGUGGCUGCCUGCUUGUCAUUCAAGGAUCCUUUCGUUGUUCCUUUGGGCAAAGAGAAAAUAGUAGACGCUAUCAAGAAGCGGUUCAGCAAGAACACCAAGAGUGAUCACAUGAUGUACGUGUACGUGUACGAUGGAUGGGAACGGGCUUGUCAGGCACACAAUGAUCGACAGUUUGUCCGGGAAAACUUCCUUUCAACUGCUGUCCUGUAUCAACUCAAGAACAUGCGUCAACAAUUCAUGGGUCUUUUGUACGAUCACAAAUUUGUGAACAUCAAAAAUCCUCGGUCAGAAGAGGCCAAUCGUAAUUCUGACAACCUCGCUCUAGUCAGAGCCAUCAUAACUGCUGGCCUUUACCCGAACGUAACAAGAGCGCUGCCCGUGAGGAAACCGAAGCCCAACAGAAAUCCGCCCAUGCUCACGGCUUACGAACGCCGCGUACAUCUCCACCCAAAGUCGGUCAAUGAAAAAGAGGGUCUUUUCGAGAGUCCUUGGCUGAUGUACAGAGAGAAAAUCAAGUCUAGUAAGGUCUAUAUUCAUGAUUCCUCUAUGGUACCAAAUUACCCCCUCCUCUUCUUUGGUAAAAAGCUGAAUUACAACUCCCAGGAUUCACUCAUAGAUGUGGAUGGGUUUGUCCGUGUAAGAGCCUCUGAGCACGUGGCGCACCUUGUGAAGAGUUUGCGAGAUGAGUUAGACCGCCUUCUCGAGUACAAGAUCAGUCACCCUGGAAUGACCAAGUGGAACCGGUCAUCCAAGGAAGGAGCGCUUCUACACACGAUUGUCGACCUAAUAUCGAGUGAAAAAAUAACGGGAAAUUACGAAGAGGAUGAGUAUCAAGAUGAAUAUGACGAUUAUUGAUUUAUUUAUUAGUCUAGUGUUCACAAUGUUCUGUGACAAAUCAUUUCAUUUUUCUCUUCUCACGACUACUAUCGUUUCUGAAUCUCUGAACUUUUAUAGACUGGCAGAUUAUCUACAGAACUUUUCUUAGUUUCUUAUGAUUUUUACUGUAUGAAGAAUAAACCGUACAUGUAAAAA